GGGUAGGUGUAAAUAAACCUUAUGUAUGUAUAUCACCCCUUACAUCACCACUCACCACCAGCUAUGUGUGUGUGUAUGUAUAUAUAUAUAUUAAUAUAAGUUUGUUCUUGAACCUUCUUUAUAUAUAUAUGCAUUACAUGUGUUUCUCGACCAACUUAUUUUGAUCCUUAAAUAGUCCAAGAACUCCCUGUUUUAUCUAUCAGAUCCGCCAUGGAUACCCAAAAUCACAACCAGAAGUUUCACUUCGUCUUGUUCCCCUUCAUGGCUCAAGGCCACAUGAUCCCCAUGAUUGACCUGGCUAGACUAUUAGCUCAACUGGGUGCGACCAUCACCAUUGUUACAACCCCUCUCAAUGCUUCAAGAUUCGAACCAGUCAUCUCCCGAGCUUUACAAUCUUGUCUCAGAAUCAAUCUGGUCCAGCUCCCGUUUCCAUGCGCACAGGCAGGACUAGCAGAAGGGCUCGAGAACUUGGACAUGCUGGACUCGAUUAACUUAUAUCCGAAUUUCUUCAGAGCUGUUGACUUGCUCGAAGAACCCGUUCAAGAAUUGUUUGAGAAGCUAACACCGCCGCCUUGCUGCGUUAUAUCUGAUUUCCUAAUUGGAUAUACCAGCGACAUUGCCGCCAAGUUCAGAGUACCAAGAAUCGUGUUUCGUCCGGUGAGUUGCUUUUACCUGAUGUGCAUGCACGAUUUCUUAACCAGCAAAUUCCAUGAAACUGUGAAAUCUGAGUCAGAGUACUUCGUUCUGACAAACUUGCCUGAUAAAGUUAAACUCACCAAAGCUCAGAUACCAUUGUACAAGGACGAGGACUUCAUGGAGACGUUGAAGAACAUAGGAGCAAAAGCAGCUGCAGCAUAUGGGGAGAUUAUAAAUACUUUUGAAGAACUAGAACCAGAGUAUAUCAGAGAAUACAGAAAGGCACGAGGGGAAAAGAUCUGGUGCGUUGGGCCUCUUUCGCUCUGUAACAAGAAUGAAUUGGACAAAGCAGAAAGAGGGAAGAAAAGUACAGUCGACCAACACCAAUGGUUGACGUGGCUUGACGCUCAGGAAUCAAGUUCCGUAAUCUACGCAUGCCUGGGAAGCCUAAGUACUGUACCCCCUGAACAAGUGAUGGAACUGGGAUUGGGUUUAGAGGCAUCAAACAGGCCAUUCAUUUGGGUGAUAAGAGAUUGGAAUCGAUCAGAUGAACUAGAGAAAUUGAUUUCAGAAAAUGAGUUUGAGGAGAGGAUCAAAGGAAGAGGUGUUUUGAUAAACGGCUGGGCUCCACAAGUAGUAAUUUUGUCACAUCCCGCCAUUGCAGGAUUCUUAACUCACUGUGGAUGGAACUCGACGAUUGAAGGUAUCAGUGCCGGAGUGCCGCUGAUCACCUGGCCGCUUUUUUCCGACCAGUUUUGCAAUAGCGAACUGGUCGUGCAACUUCUGAAAAUUGGGAUAUGGGUUGGAGCAGAGAAAGCUCUGGUAAUGGGAGAAGAAGAGAAAUAUGGGCUGUGUGUAAAGAAGGAAAAGAUCAAAGAUGUGAUAGCAAAACUGAUGGACAGAGGCGAGGAAGGAGAGAGAAGAAGAAAACGAGAUAAGGCGCUUGCAGAAAUGGCGAAGAGAGGGGUUGAAGAAGGAGGAUCUUCUCACCAUAACAUCAUUAUGUUUAUUCAAGAUAUUAUGCAGCAGCAAGCAAGUUGCAGACCAAGAAAUUCAAGAUAAUAUGAUUUUUUAUAAAAAUUGUUUUUAAAAAAUGACAAUAUAAAUAUUUUUUUUUUUACUUUAUAUUUUGCUUUCAAUACAGUUUGAACAAGU